AUGGGCAAGAAAUUCAGAGGAAAAGGACGUCGUGGAGGCGGUGGUGGACGCGGAGGAGGCGGUGAUCGCGGCCAAAGCUGGAGAGACUACCCUGCUCUCAAGAAGGAGAAUCAGAAGCUCCAGGAGUUUUACGACUCGCUGCUGCAGCUUCCCGAGGAGGAGAAGACGCAAUUCUGGGACGCAUUGAAGCGAGAGCUUCCCAACAGCUUCCGCUUCUGCGGUUCCAAGGGCCAUGCGCUCGCCGUCGAGAGACUUCUGCGAUCCCGAUACAUUCCCGAAAUCGUCAAGAUUGAACACACGGAUGGCCGCCCCGUCGACCCUCCCCAGCCUGUGUCCUGGUACCCCGACGAACUCGCUUGGUGGAUGACUACGCCCAAGAACGUUGUUCGCAAGUUCCCGCCCUUUGCGGCCUUCCAAAAGUUCCUCGUCUCCGAAACCAGUGUCGGCAACAUCAGCAGACAGGAAGUCGUCAGCAUGAUCCCUCCUCUUCUGAUGGAUCUCCGACCAGGCAUGACUGUGCUGGACAUGUGCGCCGCGCCGGGAAGCAAGUCUGCUCAGCUGCUGGAGAUGCUCCACGUCGGCGAAGAGUCUCGCGUGAGGAAGGUUCUGCGAGAAUUCGCCAAGGAGGAUGGUUUGGACCUCGGUUCCGAGACCAAGGACGAAGCCGAAGCCGAUCUCGAGGCCGACCCUUCUGACGCCGGUCGCGCCACGGGCCUGUUGAUCGCCAACGAUGCGGAUUACAAGCGUGGUCAUCUUCUUGUCCAUCAGCUUAAGAGACUGUCAUCGCCUAACCUCCUUGUGAUGAACCACGAUGCCACCCAGUUCCCCUCUAUCAAGCUGCCUUCGACCGACAACAAGCCUGUCUACCUUAAAUUUGACAGAAUUCUGGCCGACGUUCCUUGCUCCGGAGACGGAACAGCACGAAAGAAUGCUAACCUGUGGAAGGACUGGCAGCCGGGUAGCGCCUUGGGACUGCACGUCACCCAGAUCCGUAUCCUGGUCCGAGCCCUGCAGCUCCUCAAAGUUGGUGGCCGCGUUGUGUACUCCACAUGCAGCAUGAACCCAGUUGAGAAUGAAUCGAUCAUUGCUGCUGCCAUUGAGAGAUGUGGUGGCUUGGACAAUGUUGAGAUUGUUGACUCUAGUGACCAACUCCCUGGCCUCGUGCGACGACCCGGUCUGAAGACGUGGAAAAUUAUGGACAAGAGCGCUAGGAUUUGGAGCUCAUGGGAGGAGGUCGAGAAGUUCGCCAAGGAGAGCAACGAAGGUGUGAUUCCUGGACGACUUCAGUCAUCCAUGUUCCCAGACCCUGCGGGGACCAACCUGCCUUUGGAGCGUUGCAUGCGAGUCUACCCUCACCUGCAGGAUACUGGUGGCUUCUUCAUCACCGUUUUGGAGAAGAAGUCUGAGUUCAAGGCGAAGCCUGAGAACGAGGCAAAGGAGGCUGCCCAGUCGAACGAAGCCUCUGAGACCCUCGCCGCUCCUGCUACCGAGGCAAAGCCAGAGGAGUCUACCGCAGCGGAAGAAAAGAAGGAGGAUGAGCCAAUGGACGAUGCCUCCCCAGCCGCUAGCAAGCGCCCCCUGGAGACUGACGAUGGUGCAGAGCAACCAGCCAAGAAGACCAAAACUGGAGAGGAAAGCUCAGCAGCCGCCACUCCCGUUCCCGCCCCUACCACACAACGCGAGGACCGUCCAGGCAAGCCCAAGAGAAAUGGGCCAGUUGAGGAGCCCUUCAAGUAUCUCGAUCCCGAGCACCCGACCAUCCAGAACAUUAAGGAGUUUUAUAAAUUGUCCAGCCGCUUCCCCACCAACCGAUACAUGGUGAGAAAUGAGAUGGGAGAGCCUGCCAAGGCCAUCUACUACACCACCGCCUUGAUGCGUGACAUCCUCACGGAGAACGAGGGCCGAGGCCUGAAAUUCAUCCACGGCGGUGUCCGCAUGUUCAUGAAGCAGGACGCGCCCUCGGCCGAGGUUUGCCGCUGGCGCAUCCAGGCCGAAGGCAUGCCCAUCCUGCAAGGCUACGUUGGCGAGACCCGAAUCGUGCGACUGCGCAACAAGGAGACGCUGCAUAAGCUCCUGAUUGAGAUGUUCCCCAAGAUCAGCGACGGCGGGUGGCAGAACUUUGAGGAGAUUGGCGAGAGGGUGCGCGACAUUGGCAUGGGAUGCUGCGUGCUGAGGGUCGAGCCCGAGGGCGACGACCAGGAGUGGCAGGAGAGGAUGGCGCUUCCGCUGUGGAAGAGCAUCCAUUCGCUGAACCUGAUGCUGCCCAAGGAGGAUCGGUCGGCGAUGCUGCUGAGGGUGUUUAACGACACUUCGCCGUUGAUUAACAUUAGUCUGCAGAGGAAGGAGAAGAAGGAGGCUGAAGAACAGCAGCAGGAGGAGGAACAGCAGGAGAUUGACCUGGAGGAUAUUCCCACCCCAGAAGGAUCUGAUUAA